UGUUGCUGUCGGAUCGCCAUUUUGCAGCAGCUGACAAAGGCUAUAAACACCGGCAAUAAAUUCACAAGUAAGUUAAUAAUAAUAAUGAUAAUAAUAAUAGAUCUCAAGACGAAAUAAGUAGGUCUAUAUCUUACAAUUCAAUAGCUUCACUCAGAAAUAUAUAUAGGACGGCUAAGUGGGGUUAUUCGGUUUAGUCUUAAUUAUCAGUAAUAUAUUAAUUUAUAUUACGAUUCUUCUACAAGCUAGUCUAUUAUUUCUCCAAGCAUUGCAGUUUUAAAUAGUAAUAUGUUGACAGUUUAUGUUCUUAGAUAUAGAAAUAUAAUAAAUAUUUAGAGGUUCAAAAUGUUCGUCCAAACCACAUACUUUCACUCUCUACGAGCUACGACUAACUUCCCGACCAGAAGAGCUUUCGUUCGAAACGUCGAAAUUCUGCUUGGUUUUUUUUCCAGAAAUUUCCGAUAUUAGGGAUUAUUCCAAAGUGCAGUGAUAACCAAUAGACCUUUCCCCUUUCAAGUGAAAUUUUGAUCUAGACACGUCUGGACAAAAAUUUCAUCACAGCUUGAAAGAGCAUCGCAAAAUUAGUAAUAUUCCAAAGUUUCGUUUGCGCAAUGUUGUAAAAUGCGGAUAAUAUAGCCGCCUUGCGAAGUUUGCCGUUUUUUAGUUAUUUUGCAUUACAAAUUGUAAUCAGUUUGAUCAUCUGAUUACCAAUUUCCCAAAAUCACUGAAAAACGGCGAACUUCGCAAGGCUAUAUUAUCCGCAUUUUACAACAUUUCGCAACGAAACUUCGGAAUAUUACUAAUUUUGUGAUGCUCUUUCAAGCUGUGAUGAGAUUUUUGCCGUCCAGACUUGUCUAGAUCAAAAUUUCACUCAAAAGGGGAAAGGUCUAUUUGUGCAGUGAUAAAUGAGAUUUAUCAGUGCUAAAUUAGAUUAUGUGCAGUGAUAAAAUGCGAUAUUGUUUAGGACCAGAAAUUGGCAACAAAAUGGCUACUGCAUGCAUGUAUACUAAUUUGCAUAUAAUCCACAUACAAUGGCUUUCAGGUAGGAAUAUACAGGGUGAAAAUAUUUAACGCAAAAUUAUUGCAAUCUGAGGGCUCGCGGCUACUGUUUGUCGACCUAUUGAUCAAUAAAGCAUUUCAUUUACUAAUGUUUCGGUGGCAUUACUGGCAUAUCUUAUUCCGAUCGGGUAUCCGAGCGGCCAAGUCGUGUUCAAGAAAAUAACUUUUAUGUCAUCUUUGUAUGGUUAAACUGCUGCCAAGCGAUUUUGUGUUGAGAUUUUUGACGCUGUUUGGUGACACAAUCAACAGUUUAUAGAUUUAAAUCUAUUUCACGAGUGUGAAGGACUACAUCUUGAGCAAUAGUGCUUGGUGUUUUGCAUGCGAUUCAAAAAAUAUGUGAAAAUGUGUAUAUUUUUGCAUGUAAUAGUAACUUGUCAUGGAAAACUUUCUUAUCUGUACAGCGUACUGUAUAGUGUGAACAAUAAGGAAGUUGAUUGCCAUCUGAAAUGAACUCUGCUUCCCGAAAAUAGUGAUUCAGUUGGCAAAUUACGCAAAAACUGAGGUUGAAAAAUACCGUAAACUAAGAUUGUUAAUGUUUGAAGAGCUUUCCAGUAUAAAUAAAGUUAGUUUAGUUCAGGUUUCAUCCUGUAGUAACACUGCAUCAACAAGAGAAGACUCUUACUGGACCUCUAGGGAGAACAGUUUUGAACUGAUAGAGCUAUCCAGUAUAAAUAAAGUUAGUUUAGUUCAGGUUUCAUCCUGUAGUAACACUGCAUCAACAAGAGAAGCCUCUUACUGGACCUCUAGGGAGAACAGUUUUGAACUGAUAGAGCUAUCCAGUAUAAAUAAAGUUAGUUUAGUUUAGGUUUCUUCCUGUAGUAACACUGGAUCAAUAAAAGAUGAUGCUUACUGGAACUCCAGAAAGCACAGUUUAGAUUCGACUGAGAGGUAUCCAGUUUAUUUUUAGUUUAUAUUCCUUCUCAUCGGCAAUCAAUAUUUUUUUCUUAUAGAAAAUGUUGAUGUCAAAAGUGACGCUGACAGUUUUUGUCCUGGCCUAUUUAUUCAAUGGUCAGUACUUGCUCUUCUUGGCAUCCGUUCAAGAUGUUUUGUUCUUAAAACAAUGGUUACUGAAAAACUGUUUUUCAAUCCUAGGUCUUCAAGUGCAGGCACUGACAUGUCUGUGCACAGGGAGUACAUGUGCAAAUAAUGAAACAACGUGUACAGAUGCCACCGAGAUUUGUUACGCGGCAGUGAUUAGACUGAAAGAUGGCAACACUAGAACCGAAAAAGGUUUGCAUUUCUUAUAUCCGUUUUGUAUUUCUUUUUCAUUUUACUAACUAACAAUAGAUAUGACAAGUCACGUCAUGUCAAUCACAAGUCACGAAUUAAUUUACACGAUUUUAUCAUUCACGUUCACACGCAUGAAACAGCACGCAUGAAACAGCACGCAUGAAACAGCACGCAUGAAACAGCACGCAUGAAACAGCACGCAUGAAACAGCACGCAUGAAACAGCACGCAAGAAACAGCACGCAUGAAACAGCACGCAUGAAACAGCACGCAUGAAACAGCACGCAUGAAACAGCACGCAUGAAACAGCACGCAUGAAACAGCACGCAUGAAACAGCACGCAUGAAACAGCACGCAUGAAACAGCACGAAUUCCCGUUUAAACAAAUACGAUUUUGAGUUCGUCUGGUCUCGCAUGAUCGUGAUUUACAAAUAUCAUUUUAUUUUAGGUUGUAAAGAUAGAGCCGAGUGUACAACCACAGAUUUCUGUCCUAUUCGUAAAGAGGGUAGCGUCUGUGCGAAAUUUGGCUGCUGUACCUAUGACCGCUGUGUAGUCAAUUACACCUUGGGUGUAGACUUCGAAACCCCAACCCCGUCACCUACCCCAAGCCCUACCCCAACACCUACCCCAAGCCCUACCCCAACACCUACACCAAGCCCUACCCCAACACCUACCCCAAGCCCUACCCCAAAACCUACCCCAAGCUCUACCCCAAGCCCAACCCCAACCAUAUCGGAAACAGGUAAUUUCCCGAUUCAUGCACAUGUGUUAUUGUUAGUUAACUGCAUUUAUAGUAGAUUUACCUGAGCAAUAUUGCUUUUAAAAACAGCGUGAAAGUGAAGAAUUGUAAAUAUUUACAGGUUUAUGCAUAAAACAACGUCUGCCGUCUGAGGGGUAGUAGAGUCGUAUUAUGUUCGCAUUGUUUUGAAAAUCGCAGCGAGUUGCGAUAAAUUUUGAUGACGAUCGAAAUAUUUGCAGCUUGUCGCAGUGAAGUUGCACUGGACUUGCAGUUAAAUUGCAGGGUGUUUACAUUGGCGAUUUCACGUCGCCCUCACGUCAGCACGAAAUUAAAAUCGCACCUGAAAACGCACCUCGUUCAAGAUGUUUUGUUCUUAAACAAUGGUUACUGAAAAGCUGUUUUUCAAUUCUAGGUCAGAAACUGACAUGUCUAUGUACAGGGAGUACGUGCAAUCUAGGCGUAAAAACCUGUACACUUGUCAACGAAGUUUGCUACGCAGCAGUAAUAAGACUGAAAGAUAACAGCACUAGAAUCGAAAAAGGUUGGUAUUUCUUAUAUCUAUUUUGUGUUUCUCUUUCAGUUUACUAACAAAUAAUAUACAUGAAAAAAUUUCUCAAUUCUGAUUGGCUAAGAGGCAGCGGAAUUUUUUCGAAAUACAGUGUCAAAAAUGAAAUACAGUAUAAUUUUUUAUUUUUUAAACAUAUUUCUUAAUUUUAAUACUUAAUUUCUUAAUGUGACUUACGCACGUGACUGCAUAAUUUUUUCAUGUAUAUUAUUAAGUAAUAGUAUGGUUUCUCGUGCAAUUUGAAAAAACAUACACUCGUGAGUUUUUUAAAGACUUCAAAUUGUACUCGUCCUUCGGACUCGUGCAAUUUUGAAACAGCACGAAUUCAACUGUACGAAUUCCCGUUUAAGUUCAUUAAACAAAUACGGUUUUGAGUUCGCCUGGUCUCGUAUGAUGGCAAUUUACAUGAAAUAUCAUUUUAUUUUAGGUUGUAAGGCAAGAGACGAGUGUAAAAACACAGACUUCUGUCCUGUUCGUGCAGAGGGUAGCAUUUGUGCGAAAUUUGGCUGCUGCACCUAUGACCGCUGUGUAGUCAAUUACACCUUGGGUGUAGACUUUGAAACCCCUAACCCCACUUCCACAUCAGGACGCGUGUUCGGUUUGGGUGCAUUUGUCCUUAUACCAAUUGGAUUGUUGUGUGGAAUGUUUUAGUUCUUAUUACUUCAUUUAACUGAUUAACUUAAUUAAUUUUGCUUGUUUUAAUUAAAUUAAAGUAGCGCUCUGCAGUUUAUAUAUCAAGAUGCAGUACUGCAGUUUACACAAAACCUAGUCAAGAGACAUGAACAGUCUAUGCCAGGGCAGAUAUAGCGAUAAUAACACCAGAAAACUGUAGAUUGAGAAGGAUUUAACUAUCUGAAAAAUAAAAGUAAAACUUCGGGACCUUCGCUCGAAACGUCGAAGUUUUGCUUAUAUUUUGUAUUUUGUAAGUAGUUUUUAAAAACGGAAAAUACAAAAGAAAUUAAUGUUUAAUCAAUGUUUGUAAUUUGUCCUGAUUUACAUAAACUUCAGCUUUGAUUUUCUCGGCAUAGACAAUGUUUAUUUUAAAAAUUACUUCGCCAGUGAACUAAUAAGAUGGGUUGUUUUUUAAGCACGUUAUUUCGGCUCGAGUUUAUAUAUCAGAUAAAGAUCAGCUGUUCAUGUUUCAACUAGUAUACGUAUCCCUUUGCGUGCUAUCCUAAUUAAAUUCAAUUGUGGUAUUUAUGCUCUUAAUUAUUAAUUGGUGCUCUGUUGAUGUUCUAGAUAAUACUAAGAAACAAUUUGACUUCAAAGGAAAAUAAAAAACUUUACUGUAAUGUUUAACAAUUAAGCUUAGUUAUGUUAGAUUUAUCCAAAAAGUGAGAAAUAGUACUCAUUAGUAUGUAAAAUGGUGGACGUAUCCAAAAAGUCUGAAUUGCUUUUGAGUUCAUCCACAUUGUUUUACUUUUACUUGUUAGUUUAUUUUGGUGUGUUGGUUCUCUAUGCAAAAACUGUUAGUUUCUUUACAACGGCGAAAUGGCGUGCGCGUGUUGCAUAUCACCAAUAUAGAUCGUGACGCGUCCGCGUAGUAGACCCACCACAUCUUAACCUCCCAAAUGACCGAUCUCCGACACGACGAAAUAAUUUGAUGGCAAGGAGAUGUCGGUAACAUCUUUGACCGAAUGCUUCCAACUUCGCCAGGUUUCAGCUGCAUAAAGCAAGUACAUAUACACUGACGAAAGUUUGUAGCACACUUUUCUUCACUUCAUUGUUAAAAUGUUGGCUCAACCCAUAUCUUGAGUGUAGAGCAUCAAGUGCUGCGUGUAAUAAUUAUGUUAACAAAAUAUUCUCAUUCACAAAACUGUCUGUUAUUGCCUGGUCACUAUCUGCCGCACGAUAAUAUCUAUAACCGUUGUCAGGACAGGCGCUCAAUUUUCAAUCAUCAUCAUUUCUUUACGUUUUCUAGCCCUCUCUACCACCCUGUGUAUCUUCGAGACACCCAUGCUCACUCCUAAUCCCACCAAACUCCCUACAAACCCCCCAAUGGCCGCGCCAACAACAGGGACUGGCACUACAAUCUGCCCAACAAGAGUGCCUGUCGUGCCCGCAACGAACUGACAACCCGUUUGAAAGAGGCGACCGCGUAUCUCCCUCUUGUAUUGCUGUUCAGUAAUCUUUCCCCGGUCCUUGCGCACUUUAGCACGUGCUAACAUGCUUGCCGUCACAGCAAUGUCAACAAACACGGCUAGCACGACGCCGGCGGCCGCGUGUCCUAAUGACGUCGCUGUCGUCUCGAUCCCAAUUGUCGCCGUGUUCUCUGCCGCCGUCCCAGUCACCAUUUGAACUGUUUCUAUCACAUUUUCCCGCAUAUUUCCUUCCUCAUCGCCGCUCAGCAACCCAGUCAACUUGUCGUAUUGUAGGAUUAAUUCUUCCAUCUCUGCUAAACGUUCACACAUCUUGUUGGGCAACAAAGUAAACUGUAAUGUCAUCCAGUUCCUUAAUGCCGCUGCGAAAAGCCUUAUUUCUCCGUUCAAAACGAUCGAUACCUUGCAAUUAAUUCCUCCAAGCAAAAUCACUGUAAACAAUGAAUCCAUUCGUUUCAAAGUGGUUUCAUUUGCUUGCGAAAUCUCUUGCCGUUCCUCCGAAGAUUCAUGUAAUCUAAAUAUGUCAUUCCUUUCCCCCAAAUUAUUAUUCGCUUCAGAAAUCGCAUCCAAUGAAAUCAAGCUUUCAGAAAUCGCACUCUUUUCCACGGGAAGAAAGCGAUUAGCAUCCCAAGUUGCUAUUAAGACAUCUGAAUCUGCGUAAAUAACAUCGAGAAGAUACUUAUCAACUUGUGUUAGUAUCAACAUCAGCUGAUUGUAAUAACACAGAGGGAAUCUCGUCCUCAUACAUCGAAAAGACUGAGAGUUAAUGAAUGCAUCUAUUUGCCAGUAGUUAAUGUCUUCAGGUUGUUUUAUCACUUCGACAAAAGCAAAGGAUUGAGGCAUCGUUGAUUCUUGUAGCUUGUUAAAGUCUUCAGUUUACUGCCUGCUUCCAACUAUUCAAGCCUUUAUGAAGUUUAGUUUAGCUUUUGAUUCGGUUUAACUUCAAGAAUAAUGAUCCUUUCAGCUUCUUACUCCUCCAGCUUUAAAAGUAACAGUCUUCCCGAGUGUGUUGAAGUCUGUAGACAAUUUAGUUGAGCUUCAAAUAAAAAUAAAUCGAUAAAGCUUAGAGACAAUAGAGAUUAGUAGAGCAUUAUGGUUGAGGUUUAAGAAUAACUAUGUAUAAAUCUUCUUCUUUCGACCUCUCUAUCAUUUGCUUUCUACGUAAACGCUCUUCUUCUUCAGAAUAACAGUCUCCCUUGCUUAUCCUCGUCUUUUUAGUUGACGUCAAAUUUUUAAAUCUCUUCUAGAGUUUACUUCAGCUUAUAACAAUGCAGCUGGUCCACUCAAACUUGCAGUUUUUAAAAUCUUUGGUCUGGAUUAACUUCAACAGUAACUAUCUUGCACUAAGUCCAGCUUAGUUGAGCGUCAAAUAUAUGUAAAUCUUUGAUACAGGAUCAUUUAGUCGAGCUUUAAGAUGGACUAAAUCUGCUCCUUUCGUCUCCAUUUGGUUUCUGUGUUUAAUUUAGUUUUUCCUUCUAAAAAAUAACUCCCUACGGAGAAGUGACCGCAUAUCCUCACGCAAAGUACAGAUAGGCCACGAUUUCGAUCAAAACAGACGAAAAUUUAUGAUCAACUGAUUACGAGAUUCGUUUGUUAUCAAUAAUUUAAUACACACAGUCAGGAAUAAUUCCACAUAACACUCUACAAGCAGAUGUCUCUGGUUGAUAAUAUUUUUCAACGUAUGCAAAUUUGGCAUCUACAUACAGUGGCUGAGGUAUUAUUGGCAGAAUCCUAGGAUCGGCUGUUCAAAAGUUCAUUUUCUUAGUGCAUUGCAACUGUUAAGCUCCAGUCAACCGAGAAUGAGAGUUGAUGAGAGUUGGUAGUCAUGCAUUGUUACAGGGGACAUUUCAAGCU